CUCAAAUAACUGGCCAAGUUAGUGUAGUGGCGCUUCAUUCUUCCUGCCCUAGGUUUCUUCCCCUUUAGUCCUUCCAUUUCUCUCAAAAAUCAAAACCGACGCCGAUCGUUCGAAUUUUCUCACUUUCUCUCCGUCCGAACAGCCGAUUUGUCUCCGAAAGUCCCUAGUUUCAGGGUUUCGAUGGGGGUGAAUCUAACGGGAGGGGCGGUGGGUCGGAUUAUAAACAGAGAGGUGGCGAGCGAGAAGGAUUUGAAACCUGUGCUUCAAGUGAUAGAGCUGAAGAGGUUCACGACGUCGAAGAAUCAGCAACAGCAGCAGCAAGAACCCAAAAAGAGCGAGAGGUUCAGGCUAUUGCUAUCGGAUGGGUCCUUGGCGCAGCAAGGGAUGCUCACGACCAAUAAGAACGAACUUGUCAAAUCCUCAAAGUUGCAAGUUGGUUCCAUUGUUCAGUUGACUCAGUACAUUUGCAACGUCAUCCAAGAUCGCAUGAUUGUUAUUAUUAUUGAGUUGGAGGUGAUAAUUGAAAAAUAUGAUAUCAUUGGGAAGCCUGUUCCAGCACCAAAAUCUUCUAGGCCCACACAAGUCCCUACUGAUCAACCUGGGACGGUAAUGGCACAGACCAACUCUUUUGGAGGAAGCUCAGUUGGUGGCAGUAUGGCUGAUAAGCUGAACUCAGCUGGGAUCCCACUACAGCAGCCUAGAAUGAAUGCAUUGCAUGGUAGUUCUUUUCCGAAUGAAGCUGAGCCAGUAAGAUGUCCAGCUGCUAAUUCACCACCUGUUUAUCCUAAAGCACAGCCUUGUGCUGGUUUUCCUGGAUCUUCACCUUUAAGUGAGCCAUAUGGUGUUCAGAGUACAGGUUUUCAUAACCCUAGGCCAGCAGCUUCACGUCCUCUAAGCACCCCUAACCGGCAACCCAUACCUGCCUAUCAACAGCCAUCCCCAAUGUACUCUAACAGAGGACCAGUAGCCAAGAAUGACGCACCACCCAGGAUAAUCCCAAUUUCUGCUCUAAAUCCCUAUCAGGGAAGGUGGACCAUAAAAGCCAGAGUAACAGCAAAGGGAGAACUUAGGCGCUAUAACAAUGCUCGUGGUGAAGGUAAAGUUUUCUCUUUUGAUCUCCUUGAUUCUGAUGGUGGGGAAAUACGGGUGACCUGCUUUAAUGAUGUGGUUGAUCAAUUCUUUAACCAGAUUGAAGCUGGUAGGGUUUAUAUGAUUUCUAGGGGAACUCUAAAACCUGCACAGAAGGCAUUUAAUCACCUCAAUAAUGAUUAUGAAAUUUGUCUUGAUAGCACAUCAAUAAUACAGCCAUGUUAUGAGGAUGACAACAAAAUUCCACGGCAGCAGUUUCAUUUUCGGACCAUAAUUGAUGUUGAAGGCAUGGAGAACAAUAAUAUUGUGGAUAUAAUUGGUGUGGUCUCAUUUAUUAGUCCUGCUGCUUCAAUAAUGAGGAAAAAUGGUACAGAAACUCAGAAGAGAACCCUUCAUUUGAAGGACAUGUCUGGCCGAAGUGUUGAAUUAACUUUGUGGGGAAAUUUUUGCAAUGCUGAAGGACAAAAGCUCCAAUUGUUCUGUGAUUCUGGGGAGUUUCCAGUUCUGGCUGUGAAAGCUGGUAGGGUGAGUGAUUUUAAUGGGAAGGCAGUGGGUACUAUCUCUACAAGCCAGUUAUUUAUAAAUCCUGAUUUCCCCGAGGCUCACAGGCUCAAGGAAUGGUUUGUCACUGAGGGGAGGAACACUCUCUCUGUCUCUAUUUCUAGGGAAGCAUCAAGUGUAGGUAGGACAGACAAUCGGAAAACUAUAUCACAAAUCAAAGAUGAGGGGCUAGGAACUUCUGAGAAGCCAGAUUGGAUUACAGUUGUAGCAACCAUUGCAUACAUUAAGUUGGACAAUUUCUGCUAUACAGCUUGUCCCAUCAUGAAUGGGGAUCGUCCAUGCAACAAAAAGGUUGCAAAUAAUGGAGAUGGGAAGUGGUGGUGUGACAAAUGUGAUAGGUCUGUAGAUGAAUGUGACUACAGGUAUAUAAUCCAGUUCCAGAUACAAGAUCAUACAGGCAUUACAUGGGUGACUGCUUUUCAGGAAUCUGGUGAGGUUCUCAUGGGUGUGCCUGCGAAAGAUUUGUACUAUUUGAGGUAUGAAAACCAAAAUGAUGAAAAAUUUAUGGAGAUCAUGCGUCAGGUUAUGUUUAACAAAUAUAUGUUCAAGUUGAAAGUAAAGGAGGAAACUUUUAGUGAUGAACAGCGUGUGAAGUCGACAGUGGUGAAAGUAGAAAAAGUAAAUUUUUCAUCUGAAACGAGGUACCUUUUGGAUUUGAUUGAUAAGAUUAAAGCAAAUGAUUCUAGUUGUUUUGCAUCAAAGGCAGAGAUUACCACCCCUAAUCACAGAAUGGAUUAUAGUGGAAUAGGGACUGAUGGAAGCAAACAUCUCGCACCAACUGCUGGUAGAGAAUAUGGGUUACCUGCAUAUCAAGGUGGUCACUAUGGAAACCAGGACAGUGGUUCUAGGCUUAGAGAAACUGCUUCAAGCAUGGAUGUAUUCUGUAACAGUUGCGGAGUUACUGGUCAUAGCUCUACAAAUUGCCCUACCAUCAUGAAUGGUCCAGCACAGUCUAUGGGGAGGGACUAUACUGGUAGGAUAUCUUCUGGGCCAAUUGUUGGCCGUACCUCAGAUGAGUGCUAUAAAUGCCAUCAAAGUGGGCAUUGGGCCAAAGAUUGUCCGAGGUCAGGUCCAUCUUAUGGAAGCACUGAUUUUUCGUCUGGGAGAUACGGAGGUGUUUCAAGGCAGCAGGUUGGUGGGUUUUGAAGUCUCUUCUACCCUGCCAAAUUGUGGGUUACAGGCUUCACAUGAGUAAGGCAUUGGGAGCCGUGAGCUGCGUCUGGAAUGUCAUUCGGGGCAAAACUCUUUGCUGAAUCCUAAGGUGAACUUAAUAGGUUAGAACUAUCUCGUGUCCCUCAAAACUGAACAUUCUAACUUCGGGUCUCGGAGUUUCAUUUUCUAUGUCUCCUGUUACCUUGUUUUCCUUUUCCUUUUUGUUUGUAUUAUACUUUGCUUCUGUGGAGAUUGCCGGCCCUCUGUAAUUUCCUUGUUCGGAACUUUUAAUACGCUGGUACAGGUUCUUUCCAUUCUAAUUAGAAUUAGUCAUCCGCAGGGGAAAAGCCUGAUGAACUCGCCUGCCUGGAAAGGGUUGCCUGCUCAGGCAUGUUUUGUUUUGGUGGAUGUCUUCUUGUAUUCACUUUUUGGCAUAAAUUAAUUCCAGGAUAUCCCUAUCGUUUGUAUAUA